AUGGCAGCCAUCCAUCAGACCAUAGCAAUUGUUGACAAGUCCAACAAGGUUGUCAGCACCAGUAAACAACUCAAAAAUGUCUUCAAGGAAGCCAAGCUGGCCUACCUCGAACGCAAAGCCGAGAUUGUCGCCGAUCGAAAAGCCCGAGAAGAGAGGGAACUGAGGAAAGCGAUCAAAGCCGUGUCUAUCGCAGAGGACGCUCCUUCAGACACAUCAAGAAGAUCUCGAAGACACCACAGCUACAGGCCCGACUCAGAUGACAGGCACAGAACAUCCGGGCGUGAAGGACAUCACCAUCAUCAUCACUCAGAAUCUCGAAGGAGGAGCCAUUCUCACGAAGACUCCUGCAGUGCUCCUUCUGCAUCUCCCACCGAACGCCCUCCUGCAUAUAGCGGCCUGGCCCAGUUCAACGAAGACCUCUACGGUACCCACAGGUCUGCCCCUGCUUCGCCUGAUGCACCUCGUGGUCAUGGCUUGGUGCGUUGCACAACUGAUCUCCCUCUGGAAAGAUAUCAUUCAAAUCGACCUGCCCCAGCCCGUGCUCACUCCACUUCGGACAUGGACGGUCAUAUUGACAUGGACCUUGCGUAUGGAGAAUUCCACCCAGAGUCGUUACGGUUAAGCCCCAAAGUGGAACAACAACUGCAAAAGCAAGAGAUGUCUUCCCUGGUUGAAAAGUGCAAACUCUUGAUGGACGAGGCGAACUGUGCACAACAUAGUGUACGAGCAAUCGUUGCCCACUUGCAGAAGAAUCCUGACGCAAUGGCUGCAGUGGCAUUGACACUCGCUGAGAUUAGUAAUUUGGCCACUAAGAUGGCCCCAGCUGCGCUCAUGUCGUUCAAAACCGCAGCACCAGCUGUUUUUGCCGUGCUCGCUGCUCCUGAAUUCCUCAUCGCUGUCGGUGUCGGUGUUGGGUUGACUGUUGUCAUGUUUGGUGGUUAUAAAAUCAUUAAAAAGAUAAAACUCGGCGCUGGCGACAAGGACCAGGAAAUCGUGGACGAAAUGUUGGAUGUCAAUGAACUUAGCCGCAUUGAGCAUUGGAGACGUGGAAUUUCUGACACUUCUGACACUGUCAGUGUCGCUACUAGUGUUGAAGGAGAAUUCAUCACCCCAAUGGCCGCUGCUAGCAUGGGCCAUUUACCACUCCCACGUGAGAGAAGCGAGGUUAGGCAUGGAGAAAGAAAACGAGAAGGGAAAAAGAAGCAUAAACAUCGAAACGAGGACGAGGACGCUGGGCGUACAGUGAUGGGAAGCGAGUCUUCGACGAGAUCGAAGAAGAGCAACAGUAGAUCUGAGAAACGGGACAAGGCUUUGGUGAAGGUGAAGAAGCCAAGUCCUUUACGCAGAAUGUUCACGAGCAAGAGCUCAGACACGUCUUCGAGGCAUUGA